AUUCAUGGAUAAAGUAGUUAAUAUUUUAAAACCUUUUGAAGAAAUAACAAGGCAUUUUUCUGGCUUGAAUUAUCCUACUAUAAACUUUAUAUACCUGUAUAUCUGUAUGUUGAAGAAUAAAUAUAUACCAGUAGUUGAAAAUGAUAAAUCUGUCGAAGGUUGGAUAGAAUUGAUUUAUGGAUUAGAAAGUUCAGAUGAUGAUACAAUCAAGGUUGAGGUCAAGGUCGCAAAUGUAGCAAGCAUAAGAGACGUAUAUAAAGCAAAACAUACUAUUGAAUUAGAUGAUACAAAUACUAUAAAGUAUUUACCUUCUGCAAACUGUAUCUCUAAUGAAGUAGGAUUAAAAGCUUCUAUGUUGGAUCUGCGAGUGUUAAAAUUACUUCCAUUCACUACUAAUGAUAAAUGUAAAAAUACUGAGAUACAACUUCAUGCAGAAUUGUUAGUAUUAGAAGCUCAAUCUAACCAGAACAAUAAUAAUACAGAGGCUGUUAUUACUGCUAAAGAGGAAGAAUGA